UCAGAAACGCUGCAACAAAGCAUACGGUUUCGCGCCGAAAAGGAAAACGGUGAAAACACGCAAGAAAAUACGAAAAGAAAAAACAAGCAGAAGUGAAUGCACAAAAACAAACGUAAAAAUGUGUUAGGAAGCAAAUGCAUCGUUGGUUUGUAUGCUGAAAUUGCAGCAAGGCUACGGACAGUUCGUCGAAGUGUGUGUGUGUGUAUGUGUGUGCGAAGCAAGCGGCGCGGCUGAGGCAGAUUCCCUCCACCCCCUUGACUGUCAUCCCACGAGAUAAAACACAAUGGCACCAACCAAGAAACGUGAAAGGGACAAUAAUGCCGACGUUGCGACUGGCGUUGUUUCUAACAACAUAAAUGGUUUGAACAGUGGCAAUGGACAUGCUGCAGAUGCUGCUACAAGUGAAGCGUUGGCAGCGCCAGCGCCAGCAUCGGCCAUGUCAACAACAAUAGCCCAUGACAGCCAAACAAAACUGAAUGGACAUCAGCAAGAGCAGGAACUCUUCUUGCAGGCAUUUGAAAAGCCCACACAAAUCUAUCGCUAUCUACGCAAUCGCCACGAGACAAACCCCAUAUUCUUAAAUCGCACGCUCAGCUAUAUGAAGGAGCGCAUGUCACGCAACAAUAAGAAAAGAGCCAAUUUCAAGAUCGAUUCCAUACUGGAAAAAAUCACACAAAAGUCUGAGGCUGUAUCCCAAAACUUCCUGCAUGUCAUCUACGAUUCUCUGAUUGAGAAACACAAGCCGCAAGACAACGAAGACUUGCUACGACAGGGCCAGGAUCAACUGCUCGGCGAGGCGGGCGAAAGGGUGUGUGUGGAGACAACGCUUUACAAGAUAACGCGCAGCAAGCGCAAGGACAGCACUCUCGAUUUUCAGGAGCUGCUCAGCAAGAGCUCACAAAUUGUUUACAAUCCCAAGGAGGGCAUCGAGGAGCACGCCACCAUUAGCAUACCAUUGCAGACAAUGCGACCCAUGGGUGAUCAGCACACUCUUUACAAGCUGCUGUUUCGCAUCAAGAUGCAGCCGCAAGUGUGCAACGAUGAAAAUGCAGCAACACCGCCGAACAAACGAUCGCGUAGCAACGAGAAAGUUUACGGCUCCGAAUUGAUACUGUAUGAGAAGUCGAGCGGUUUCAUCACUGAGGGCGAAUAUGAGGCAAUGUUGCAGCCGUUGAAUUCGUCCAGCAUUAAAUCGUUCUCACCAAAGAAAUGCACCUGGGAGACAAUGCCCGACAGCUACAUUCCACUAUCGCUGACCUACGAUGUGUACCAGCAGAGUCCGAUGCUCAAAUUCCAUUUGACAUUGUCCAAUGAGCAGUUGCCCGACACUAUAGCAGCGCCUGAGAUGCAGCGUUAUGUGCAUCAUUUGGAUGCCGAGACGGAACUUAGUCACCUUAACAUCAGCAAUAUCAACAAUAACAACAACAACAAUAAUAAUAACAAUAACAAUUGUAGCGGCCUCAAGAAUGGCAAUGGCAGCACCAUCUGCAAGGCCAUACCACCGGAACACUUACAAAUCGUAUACAAUUUUAUGUACAGCAAUAACACACGCCAACAGACAGAGUACACACAGGAACUGAACUGUCCGUGGUGUGGAUUAGACUGCCUGCGCCUGUAUGCACUGCUCAAGCAUCUGAAAUUGUGCCAUGCGCGCUUUAACUUCACGUACCAGCCGGCGGGCAGCGGUGCUCGCAUCGAUGUGACCAUCAAUGAUGCGUACGAUGGUUCAUAUGCCGGUUCACCCUAUGAUCUGGCCGGCCCGUCUGGCUCGUCCUUUGCCCGCACCUGUGGCCCGGUGAGGCGCACCUCGGUCACCAGCCUGAUGGUUUGUCGACCCAGGCGCCAGAAGACUUGCCUCGACGAAUUUCUUGAAUUGGAUGAGGAUGACAUUAGCAAUCAGCGCUCAUAUAUAACAGGACACAAUAGAUUAUACCACCAUACGGAGACCUGCCUGCCGGUGCAUCCAAAGGAGCUGGACAUUGAUUCGGAGGGGGAGAGCGAUCCGCUUUGGCUGCGCCAAAAGACAAUACAGAUGAUUGAUGAGUUCUCCGACGUCAAUGAGGGCGAGAAGGAGCUGAUGAAGUUAUGGAAUCUGCAUGUGAUGCGUCAUGGCUUCGUGGGUGACUGCCAGCUACCGUUGGCCUGCGAAAUGUUUCUGGAUGCCAAGGGUCACGAGAUUGUCCGCAAGAAUCUCUAUCGCAAUUUUAUACUGCACAUGUGCUCACUGUUCGAUUAUGGCCUGAUCGCGGCUGAGACCGUCUACAAGACGGUGCAGAAGCUCCAGGGGCUGCUCAGUAAAUAUGCUGCUGGCCAGGAGCUAAUGCAGCGUCAGCGCGAGGCGCAGCUCAAAUACUGGCUGGACGUGGGCAUGCACAAGAAGCAGGACGAUCUUAAGCACAAAUCGCCGCAGAAGCCAACGGCCAGCUCCAGCGGCGAUAUAGCAACUACCUCAUCGGGCAGCGUUUCCAGCGCCAUGCAACCGCCCAAGCGCAUGCCAGCCAAUCUGAAACGGGCAAAUGCUGCCGCCGCUGCUGCUGCUGCUGCUGCAGCUGCAGCGCUUGAUGCCCAGGAUAAUGGCGCUGUCAAUGGAAGCAACAGUAGCAAGAAUGUGGCCAAGAAAAGUGCCGACCAGCCGAUAGCCAACAAUUUGGCCAACACACGGGAGCGCCGAUCCGAGCAGGCGCUGAAGCGCAACGCCAACGUCGGGCGCCUCAGUGCGCCCGAAAGCAGAACUGCCAACUCAACUUCCAAACGCAAGAUCGGCGCUAAAGAUACGGCUGUGAUCAGCAAGAGGCAUCGAUAUAGCGAGGACGGCACCAGCGCUAACGGAUCAUCGACGCGCAACAACAAAAGCAAUAAUAUUAAUCAUACACUGCCAGUAAACAGCAAUAGCAACAACAAGCGACGUCACUCCGCAAUGGAGCGCAGUAGAUCAAACAGCACCGUAGGCGGCAGCAGCGCUGCAACUUUGCACGGACUGCGCACACGUCUGUCGGUGCCUGGGACCAAGUAUGAGAGACGCUGACGCAAGCGGCGCUGCUGCUGUUGCUGCUGCUACUAAAAACAAACAAAACUAUGACCAGCCACAGGAGGAGAAGGAUUAGUUGACUAUAAGCGAGGGCGUUUCGUUUAGAUUUUGUGGUUUAGUUUUGAUAAGUUUAUGUUGAAAAUGGUUUUUAUUACAUCCUGUUCAGCAAAUGAUUAUCAGUUUAUUAUAACAAUUUUGCUAAUCUUAAGUAUUACUAUUAGAUUGUGUUGUGUAAAUUGUACCAAAUUGUAAAGUCUUCAAAAUCA